GACACGGCCAGAGCACUGAGAGAUAUCAGGUAUUGAUGUAACUGGAGUGAAUAAGGGAACCUUCUUCCUGAGCACAGACAUUGGAGCCUGUUAUCAGCAUGAACUCAUAUGGGUUAGACAAAUACGUCAAUAGUUCAUAUUUAUCCUUCACUACAGGAAGUAUCAGAAUGAUACCGCAAACUCCAAUAGUCUUAGACACCAAUGACUAUUCACAAACAUUGGGGAAAUCACAGCAGAUAUUUAAAGAAGAUGGUGAAUUGGCAGGAACUGGGCAGCAAUUAUUAUGUACAGAGAGUAAUUUAGUCCUCAAACAAGAGGACAACAUUUAUGACUUUUCUAGUGAAAUUAUUAUCCCAGAGGAUAAACCACACAUAUGUACUGAGUUUUCAAAACAUAUUAAAGAAGGGAAAAGUCUGCAUUCUAGCCAAACAAUUCAUACAAAGGAGAAACAUUUCAAAUCUACAGAAUGUGAGAAAAGCUUUAGAUGGAAGUCUCAUCCACUAGAACACUACAAAAUUCACACAGGUGAGAAACCACACACAUGUCCUGUGUGCGGCAAAUGUUUUACACGAAUGAAUAAUCUGAAAAGUCAUGAAAAGAUUCACACAGGGGAAAAGCCGUUCACAUGUACAGAGUGUGGGAAAAGUUUUACACGAAUGGAUUAUCUGAAAAGUCAUGAAAGGAUUCACACAGGGGAAAAGCCUUUUACAUGUUCAGAGUGUGGGAAAUGUUUUACAGAGAAAAGUCAUCUGAAAUAUCAUGAAAGGAGUCACACAGUAGAAAAGCCUUUAACAUGUACAGAGUGUGGAAAAAGUUUUACACAUAUGAAUAAUCUGAAAACUCAUGAAAGGAUUCACACAGGAGAAAAGCUAUUCACAUGUACAGAGUGUGGAAAAAGUUUUACACAUAUGAAUAAUCUGAAAACUCAUGAAAGGAUUCACACAGGAGAAAAGCUAUUCACAUGUACAGAGUGUGGAAAAAGUUUUACACAAAAGAUUGAUCUGAAAACUCAUGAAUGGAUUCACACAGGAGAAAAGCCUUUCACAUGUACAGAGUGUGGUAAACGUUUUACACAAAAGAGUGGACUGAAAAUACAUGAAAGGAUUCACACAGGAGAAAAGCCUUUCACAUGUACAGAGUGUGGGAAACGUUUUACACAAAAGAGUGAUCUUAAAACUCAUGAAAGGAGUCACAAGGGAAGAAAGCUUUCACAUGUUUAGAAAGUGGAGAAAAGGUUUUUAUUGAAAUCAGAUAUCACAAAACACCAAAUAUUUACACACACAUAAACUUUAUAUACACAGUGUACAACCUUUUUACAAUUAUCUUAAAGAGGAAAAGCUCUCUAAAUAGAAGCAUCAAAAAGGAUCGUAUUGUAAAUAAUACUUUCUAAAUCCCAGUUAAAAAAGCCCCAGAUUUUAAGUGCUCCGAUGCACCUCAAUUUCUCUCAUAUAAAUGUGAUAGAAUCCAAACACCACACUGGAAUAUACAAAUCUGUCCUCAUCCAGUUUACACAACCAUUCACCACCAAAGCACCCCCAGUGUUGUUUAUUAAUAUGCCAGUGUUAGAAGUUGUAUGUUUGUUUUACAUAGGGGAGGAAAUAAUUACAUUUACGUCUUUAUAUGAAUAGAGUGUUAGAGAAUUAUAUAAACAAGAACAUCAGUCUCAAAUGAUUGACAUCUGGGACAUAUAUUUAAUGCGCACAUCAUGUGGAUAAACCUUUUCUUAUAAUAAUAGAUGCUUAGCAUUGCACAUGUUAUAUACCAGAGGAAUUACUGAGGGGAAACUGAUUUUAUUUAAUGAGACACAAUAUCAGUAACCGGUACAUACGGUGAUCAUAAUCAGUUUAAUUUAAAUGGCUACUAUAACCUACAUGUAUACUGGGUAUGUAAUAUGUGUGUCAUGUUAUGUAACUUGUUAUUAUGUCUGUUUUAUAUAAGAUAAAACAGA